AAACGGGACGAGAUUAGAUUGGGGUCAAACUGAUGUGGUCUGCGCACAUUGACGCAAUCUUGAUGCUUGUGAGUGCAACGUCAUUUCGCGCGUGACUCGUCAUCGGCUCCUUCAGGCUGCUCUUGGUUCAGCUGGUUACAUGAAUGAAAGCUAAAGAUUUAAAUAUGUAAUGUUGGGCUUACAUAAAUUGCAGCUGAAGUUAGGCCAACAGACACACAAUUCGGGGAUAUCGUAUGAACUCUUAACAUCUAUCUGAGAAUAUUAAGGCAGAUGCAUUUCUUUCCGAAGUUAACCGUUACUCUUCUCAGUAUUUAUCUCUUAUGCCGUUUAUUCUGGAGUAACGUUAAAGGAACAGAAGUGGCGAAUGAAGUCGUCGUGCCGUAACUUGAGAGGAAUUUGUUAACUCGGCCUAAACAUGAUAUCUCGUCAGAGUAAGGAUUUUCUCAUAAGGAUCGCCGGUUACUGGAAGCCGCUUUUCAGAGGCAGAUUUCUGAUAGUGACGAACACUGUGAGUAGUGGGGGAAUGUUGGCAGCGGGCGACCUCAUCCAGCAGACGCGAGAGACGCGGAAGACCCCCGGGCGAGCACGUGACUGGUGGCGUACAGGUUGUAUGUUUGCCGUUGGAUGCUCUAUGGGUCCUUUCAUGCAUUAUUGGUACCUGUGGCUCGACAAAUACUUUGUUGGCAAUGGCAUAAGUAAUGUCUGCAAGAAAGUGUUUACAGAUCAGAUGGUUGCUUCACCAACACUUGGGGCCUGGUACUUCCUAGGUAUGGGUAUGAUGGAGGGUCAAACUUUGUCUGAGGCACAAAGUGAAUUCAGAGACAAAUUCUGGGAAUUUUACAAGGCAGAUUGGUGUGUUUGGCCAGCAGCUCAAAUGGUAAACUUCUACUUCUUGCCACCCAAGUAUCGUGUUCUUUAUGUGAAUAUAAUUACUCUGGGAUGGGACACCUACCUCUCCUACCUCAAACACAGAGACCAAGUAGAGGCCAAAAGAGAAGCUGAAUGAACUGAGCGAAGACGUCUGAAGACGAGGAAUAUUUCUAAACACUGCCUUGAAAAAUAAAUCAGAUUAUGUAAGACUGUUAAUGUUCUGUUUUUUUAUUUUAUUUCAUAUAAUAGAAUCAGUAUAAUUUUAUCCAGUAAUGCCAGGUACAUUGCACAUUUUGUUUUAAUGUGUUUGUAUUUAUUUUUGAAUAAUAUAAAAGUGUUGAAUGUAAUUUUAAAUAAAUGUAACUGUCUGAAAUGAGUCUAUUGGCAUAUGAAGAAAAAUUUAUAAAAUCAUACUGUUUACAAA